AUGCUCGAGAACUCAGAGUCAGUCCGGCACCGUAUCUUCCGAUACUCCCCGCUCCUCUGCGGCCUUUACCUCUUCUUCUUUCGAGCAUGUUUCAGUGCCAUCGCCCUUCGAGAAGACUCUGCACCCAUCAUAGCAUGUGCACAUAUUUACCACGCUCUUCGAAAAGAAAAGCUCCUUGACUGCUGCUGGCCAGACAUGGACACAGCCAUAGAAUUGCUUGGAGACAACAGUUUCUGGGAGGGCGGCAAGAGACCAAAGACAACUCACGGACCUUCCGGGUUCACCUCCUACAAGAGGAAGAUCCACAGCCAAGCUGGCACCUCGUUCGGUUUUCCCAUGGAUACUAUUCGGCCAUCCGAGCCGCUGCGAAAUAAGACGCAUCAAAUGCAUGGAGCCACCUUAAACAGAGAAGAGUACGUCUGGACGCCCGCGGAAGUGAAGAACUUGCUGGUGGGGAGACCUGGGGCCGUGAGGCGUAGUUGGCAAGAGCGCAGAUUCCUUGAAUCCAACGAUGACAAGUCACCAUCCACUCGAGGCCUCCUGGCGAGCAUACUCAGCUACAAGCUGUACAACGAAACAUUGGAUCUUGCCUUCCCAUACCCUAGGGUCCAUCGGCAGUCCAGAACUCUUUUGAUGGCCCUCUGCGAGACCUUUAAGACAAUCAUCCCCCCAGAAUCUGAGAUUUUAGUGCAGACCGACAACCUUCCGUUCAUAAUCGUCGCCAUCUUUCAGCUCUCGAUCCGACCCGAGCCAGAACAUAGGGAGACGCUUAGCAAGGCUGCUGCGGUGGUCAACGCAUAUCUUUCGGCCGGUGAAGGUAGUGCUUGCGUCGUGGCGGCUGCAGAGGCAGGGCUUCCCUUUAAAUUUGCAUCACCGGCCGAGGAGGGUGGGGAUGCAUCGAUUGACGCUGAAGCUUUGGAUUGA